CGACAAUGAGUCAUACAGGUGUCGCCCAACAAAUGUAGUUUCAAUCAUUGCGGUGUUUACAAAUUUUCAUUACCUGGACAAAUUUACUAUAAGCGGAUAAAACUGCAUUAUUGAAACCGAUAAAAUGUUAGUACUCUAGAUGGCGGCAGGCAAAGAAAAACACCAGGAUUCGAACAAGAAGCAUGUCAGUUUUGUUAACGUUGAGGCCCUGCCGCAGAAGAUUCCAGUGAAUAGUUCUAAUGGCGGACUUCUGUUGCAUGUUAAAGGGAACGGGAAAUUGUGCAUUCGGUCAGCCAGCAUUGAUAACGAAAAUGGCUCGGAUAUAGAUAUUCUCUUAAAAAUUAAGAAUCAGACCAAACCAGUCACUUUGCUCUUGCCACAAGAACAGGCGCCGACAAGUUUGGAAAUCAACGGAGACGGUGACAUUCAGUUUUCUAUAAAAGAUGCGGAUGAUGGCAAUCGAAGUAGGUACAACGAUGAAGAAUUUAACGAUUUAAACGGCGAUAACCUGGACUUUAAUGGUGAUAAUAAAGAACGAAAUAAAAAGACACAUCGAAGAAAUAACAGUGACUUUCUUCAAAUAUCUGGAAAAGACUUGAAUAUUGUUGACAGUGAUGAUGAAAGCAAUAAAGACAUCGAAACUAAAGACUGUGGAACAGAUGUUUGUUCUAUCGAUAUUCUACUAUCUGGCGACUCCAACGAAAUUGGUGCCUUGUCUACAGGAUGCUUUAAAUGUAGUAAUUUCACUGACAUAACUUGUGAAAAAUGUAAAGCAGCGGCCGAAAACAAAGAUUUAGAAAAUCCAUGUAGAACUGAUGAUGCAGAAAAAGACUGCUUAAAGUUACAGGAUAUUGUAGACACAGUAUUGAGAUUCGAAAAGUUUAAACCAGCAGAUAGCGAAUCUAUGCUAUCUCCGGACACGCUUCCCAAGGCACAUGAAUCCGAUUGGGGACAGAGUACAUGUAGUGUUGUGUGCCUUAAAGACUCGAUCAGGAAAUCAUACACGUAUCUGCUGGAUGUUCUUGAUCUCCUAGAUCUGUGUGACCAUUUGUACGAGAACUACGUGCUUGAAAUAGAUUUUUAUCAGAAAAUGUUUGAUAUGUGCUAUGAACCGCGUUACGUUAGAAGCGCCAAACGGUCACUUCUGAUGCAUUUGUCAACGAGGGCAGUUCGUCAGGACAGACUGAUAAACGCGCUAUAUGGAUCCGCACAGUAUCAGCUGAUUCCCUACUUCUUCCCGGAAGUUCGAAUCUAAAGUCGGGUCCUACACCAUUGUGUUUGUCAGAGGAAUAGUUCCACAGUUCAAAAGUUUGAAAAGAAGUGGGAUACUUAUGUGUUCUUCUUAAAACAAAAAUACGCAUGUUGUUGAAAUUGUUUAUAAAAAAAACUGCCCGUCGUACAUUGUUUACAGAAAAGUGCCGAGCAGUUAUUGUGCCUUGAGAAAAUAGUAAUCUAUGCUAAAAUUUAAAAUGAUGUAAAUCUUGCAUAAUGUUUCAUCUAUUGUAUUGUGGUUUUUGUUGUCAUUAAUUUGCAUGACGAAUAAAAAAAAUCCGUAUUUAAUUUACAUAUGAAGAGAGCCAAAUAAUCAUAAACAAGCAAAUCAAGUUUUUGGAUGAUUCAUAUGAUUUAUAUAAUGUAUGAUUCAAUGAUAUUUUUUUCACAAUUGCUAUCAUUAACUAUUUUAAUGACACAAAUGUUAGAUUAGUUAUUUUGCGUAUUUUGUGUGAUGUAUGUAUGUGUGGUGUUUUAAUCACACAAGUUACGUUCAGUAUUUUUUUAAAAUCAUAUUCAUAAAUUAAUUUUGACUGCAUUGUUUGGCGCCAUUUUAGCCUAUCGUUCGUUUUUGAUCUCGUCCAUUUUUGUCUUCUUUCUCAGAUAGCUCAGUAAUCAUUGACAUGUAUUCUGUGACAGCGACGAAAAUGGUUAUGUUUUUCUUUCAUUUCAAAACAUGACAAAAAAGUAAGCAAAUAGAAAUUGUGAAAUAGCCGGUCUCGGUCUCAUUUGAUAAUUAUUUUUUAUGUCUUAACAUUGGGUAUUUUUCUCAAAUCGCAAACUUUCAUUUCACGCAGUAAGACCUUGAACCCAUUUAAUCUGUAUUUAAGAUAACCUGAUACAUGUUGACAUAUAUUAAUGUUUAUGCGAUACCAAAUACUGUAAUUAUAGUCCCAUUUUAAAUUCAUCCGCGGAUAUGUUUUACAAGGACUUAGACUUUAAGUGCAAGACUACGUCACACACCAAUCGAAGCUUGAUGUAGGAGCUCUUAUGACAGCAUUUAAGUCUGGUGAUUUUUCAAGUAACCUUAAAACCGAUUUUUCAAGAAACCCGUAUGCGAUCAGUUGUUUUUAUGUAAGAUAAGGUAAAAUGACUGAAUAAACAUGAUGUGAAAUCAGAUAUUGGCAAAAUGACACAUCGAGCAAAUAUUUGUGAUAGCGGCUAUAAUAGAACUAAACAAGGCUUUAAUGAAACUUAUAUAAUCGAUAUACAGGUAGGCGGUGUGACACAGAUGUUCGCACUUUCAUCAUGUUAGGUCUGUACGAGCAAAAUCACCUUUUAUACAUAUUACACCUUUUGAACCAACUGAUAUCGGUCUCAAUUGUGUUUGUUUAUCACUUUAUGAACGAAGAACUACAAACGAAAAUUGAAUGGCGCCCUACCUAUGUUUAAUUUGUACUAAAAUUACUCGCAUUUUUUCUUGUACAACAUGUGUGUAGGUAACUGAAACCGUUGAAAUCCCGUGAAAGAUGCUUGUAAACAGAAAUCGCAUGUACUAUUUAGAUAUACAUUGUUUAAAGUGUUGUUCGUACACAUAUUUCAUAUCAUAAGCUCACGAAAUCGAAAUGGCAUCAUGUAGAUUUUUUCAUAUUUUGUAACAUCAUUCCAUGCCCUAUGGGUAAACAUGUACAGUAAUAAAUAUUGUGUCUUAAACAAUAUCUAAACGAAAAAAAUAAUGUCAUGGCAUAUUUUUACUACAGAAAUUGUCGGUGCCAUUUUUCAAUUUGUAAUAGAGUUGUACGUAACUAUAUUUUUCACAGAGACAUGUUGUUUUACAAAUUUUUAUAUCUAUGAUGUCGCUCACCAACUCUUUUAUAAUAAAUUUGCUUGUGUAUGAGUAUAUAAGGUGUUUUGAAAAUACAGCUUUUGUUGGAAAUAAAGUAAUGUUUUUAUUUGG